GUGAAGGUGACCCAGACCACCGAGGCCCACAAGGUGCCGCAGAUCAUCAACACGCUGCAGAAGGGGGAUUACUUCGGAGAGAAAGCACUCAUCAGUGACGACGUCAGGUCAGCGAAUAUCGUGGCAGAAGAGAACGGGGUGGAAUGUCUCGUCAUCGACAGAGAGACAUUCGAUCAGACGGUGGGCACCUUCAACGAGCUGCAGAAGUACCUCCAGGGCUACGUGGCAACGCUCGAUCGUGACGACAAGAAGAGACAUGCCAGGAAGUCGGUGUCACGCCACCAGAGUCAGCCGCUGCCUCCUGAUGUCGUCCAGCUGAAGGACAUGGUGUCGGUGUUCCCUCCGUCCAGACCCUUCGACCACCUGGACACCAUCGCUACACUCGGGGUCGGUGGCUUUGGACGAGUAGAACUGGUGAGU